CACGUGUCCAAAUGCUGGAUGGAAGGACCCUGUAAAUGCCCAUGACCCAGCCUCCCCAGAAACAGAAAGAGAGAGAGAGAGAGAGAGAGAGAGAGAGAGAGAGACCCAAGCCUCCUGCCCUGAGACAGCGGGGCCAGCUCUGAAAAGCUCGGCAGCAUGUGGGAACUCCGGUCCAUAGCCUUCUCCAGGGCCGUGUUUGCAGAGUUCCUGGCCACACUCCUCUUCGUCUUCUUUGGCCUGGGCUCGGCCCUCAACUGGCCGCAGGCCCUGCCCUCUGUGCUGCAGAUCGCCAUGGCCUUCGGCUUGGCUAUCGGCACCCUGGUGCAGGCGCUGGGCCACGUGAGCGGGGCCCACAUCAACCCUGCAGUGACGGUGGCCUGCCUGGUGGGCUGCCACGUCUCCUUUCUCCGGGCGGCCUUCUACGUGGCUGCCCAGCUGCUGGGGGCCGUGGCAGGAGCCGCUCUGCUGCACGAGAUCACACCAGAAGGCAUCCGAGGGGACCUGGCCAUCAAUGCGCUCAGCAACAACACGACAGGUGGCCAGGCGGUCACGGUGGAGCUCUUCCUGACCCUGCAGCUGGUGCUCUGCAUCUUCGCCUCCACCGAUGAGCGUCGUGGAGACAACCUGGGCACCCCUGCCCUGUCCAUUGGCUUCUCCGUGGCCCUGGGCCACCUCCUUGGGAUCCACUACACCGGCUGCUCCAUGAAUCCUGCCCGCUCCCUGGCGCCCGCUGUUGUCACCGGCAAAUUUGAUGACCACUGGGUAAGGGCAGAACCCUCCUGGCCCUCCCUCCCCUCCCCCAGAAACCCAUCUCAGCCCGGGAGGGAGCAGACGGGAGAGGGAGGACCCCACACCUUCCCCCUGGUCCCUGGGGUCCACCCUGCAGGGCUGACCAUCGCUCGGGCCUCACUGCCUUUGCGAGGAUUAAGUGAGGUCACUGGUGCAAACAGACCCCUCGGUGCCUCCGGACUUGAUAAACGGUAGUAGUUAUGCUGACACAUAUUUCUAUUGGGCGCUUAUUAGUGCUUAGUGCGCACAGGCCUUAUUCUAAGUGCUUUGCAAAUAUUAGCUCCUUUAGUUUUCACAGCAACCCCAGCGGUAUUAUCGUGAAAGGAAACUGAGGCGCGGAGAGGGUGACUACGGUGUCCAAGUCACCCAGGCAGUCCGCGGGGAAUCCGCACCAGGAACCCCAACUCACAGGUCGCCCCCAGCAGCCCGCGUGGCCGUUUCUAAUCACAGGACACGCACUUCAUACCCGCGUGCGGCCCGGUCCGCACCCGCGGCGGGAGAGGA